GAAACGAGCGCCAUAGUGAUUCCGCAGGGGCCCCGUAAUGGUGGUCGAUGGCCUCGUAAACACGGCAGGCUGCAGAAACACUCCCGGCCGUGCCGUCGCCCGCGACAGCAUGUGAGUUUCGCGAAGCCGGCGUCUCCCGGGGCCCCGCGAUUGCCGCGACUGUGCACCGCAGCGAGAACCUAACCCCAACCUAACCUAACAGAAACCCCUCGGCGGUGAGUCUUCACGGUCGUGUCACGGUUGCCACUUCACGCAGUUCGCUCUCGCGCAUACCUUACUGUUCGUGCCACGUCCUUCGCGGGGGACAAUUCUCGGCGGAUCGCACUCGCAUUUUUUUUUAUCUCCCGUCGCCGCCACGUAGGCGGACUUCGCGCCCGGUUCCGCUCGAUGACGGCGCGCUACAGGAGCGGCUCGCGGCGCUCGGUCUGACGGCGAUCAGGCAUGCACCUGGUGCAACCGUGCGCGCGCGUUCUUCCACGGGUGUGCGUACUCUCGUGCCGCCAUGAGCGAGGAGUCUAGGAAGAUAGUGACCAGAUUCCACCCGAUCCACGGUGAGAACAUCCUCCUGUGCGAGGACAGCACAGUGGCGGUGCGCACCACGAGCUUCGCCAACUCAGUCGCGUUCAGCGAGAAGCCGCUGCAGCCGAGCGAGAUCUUCCUCGUGGAGAUCGAGAAGACGGAGAGAGGAUGGAGCGGGCACAUGCGGCUGGGUCUCACCCUGAUCGACCCGGCCUCGGUCAACAACAACCUGCCUCAGUAUGCAAUGCCUAAUCUCGUUAGGCUGGGCAACACGUGGAUCCUGGCUAUAACUAGGAAUCAAACUAUCUGGGACAACUUCGACGGCGGUCUAUCGUCCACGUACACCUCUCUUACCGGUAUACCACCAGGAAUACCGGCCAGAGAGAAGAAACUGGUCACGGACGGCGUUAACGUGCAAACGUCGCGCGGCGUUAUUCCCUUCAACGCCCUCAAGCCAAACAUAGACGGGUCUUCCCAGUGCAUCCUGCCUACGGACGCGGGCAGUCGUAUCGGUAUCAUGUACGUGCCGCAAGCCGGCUGCCCCGACAAGGCGGAGAUGCAUUUCAUCAUCAACGGCGAGGAUCAGGGCGUGUGCGGUAAGGAUAUUCCCUACAAGGCGGGUCCCUUGCGCGCGGUGGUGGACGUCUACGGUACCACGAAACAAGUCCGGAUUGUUCAGCUGUAUGGAGCAGUAUCAACCCUACAGAGUGCAUGCCGUGACGCCAUAUUGCAAUACAUCAAGAGACACGAGGUCUACCUUCUCCCUUUGCCGAAACCGUUGAAGGACUAUCUGUUAUAUCAGUCGCAGUGAAAAUCAGCUCAUUCCGUUUUUGCACGUAUGUUUAAGAAACAGUACCCGUUAAUUUCUAUAUUUCUUUUCCCCCCAGUGAUAUCUUCAGCGUUUGAUAUGCGUAACACAUGUUCUAUUAGUUGUCGAAGACUGCCGGUAUGUAUGUCGACGCGAAGCAUUCUACGUGCGAAUUUAUUCGUUUCUAUACACAUAUCCUUUCGAAAUGUAUACGAUAGAAACGAUCGACGUCUGCAUAACGAAGAUUUUUUACUUGCGCGUUUUGAAGACUUUAUCUGGGAUGAAAAUGCUAAAUCACAAUGUGUACAUAGUGUAACGAAAUGUUGAUCGCUGUAAAAUCCACGAAAUCAGCAAAAUCAUAUUGAAAGUUUAAA